ACUUGUCACUUUUUUUAAUUGGAAACUUGGAAGGCCUUCUGGCUCAUUUUUCUCAAUAAAGAGGGAAAACGAAAAGUUCAUGAAUAAUUGAUAUUUCUCUCUUUGGUUAAAAGUAAAAAUACUCUCUCUCAGCGAAGUGACGAACGGCGGCAGAAUGAACGGCAAAAUAAGCGACGAACGGCAACCAGCGGCGAAUGGCAACCAACACUUUGUUGGCGGAAGUGGUGUAAGAUAAGCUAGAUCCGAGAAGAAUCCUGCGUGAAGAUGAAAACAAGUACUUGAAGUUGUGUGUGGUAAACCUCGACCAUAUAUGCUGGAAAUUUUGUAGUUUCCGAAGCUGUGAAGUUUUCCUCAUCAAGUGUGUGAUCAUCGUACCAAGGAUUUUUGAAUAAGACUUCUGUAACAGCUCUAAUAUCCAUGUCCUGCUAAUUCUUGUUACUGCUGAUGGAUCGACAAGCUCCUGAUUAUGCAGCUGCUAUGGCAUUUGCUCAACAACAGCACCAAACAGCUAACACUCAACAACAACAACAGUUUGGUUUCCAUCCCCAACAUCAACAAUUUCCUCCUUCAAUUCAUGGUCCUCCAUUUCUAGCCCCACAUUCUUCUCUUCAACAGUUCCCUUAUCCUCGCCCUAUGCAACAACCACAACUCCAUUCUCAUGCACCCCCUCCACAUCUUCUUCACCUUCAGCAUCAACAGCAACCACCUCCUGCUUUUCUACCACACAUGCCUCCUCACGUUGCUCCAUCACCUUUCUUCAAUCCGUAUGAUACUCCCCCACCUCCUUCUCCUCCACCAUCUGAUCCUGAACUCCAAAAGCGUAUUGAUAAAUUAAUUGAAUAUGCUGUCAAGAAUGGUCCUGAUUUUGAAGCCAUGAUCCGUGAAAAGCAGCAAGACAAUCCUGCUUACAGUUUCCUCUUUGGUGGCGAAGGUCAUUAUUACUAUCGAUAUAAGCUUUGGAUAUCUACUCGACCCCCUGGUGGGGCCUUCAAUCCUCCUUUCCCAUCCUCUUCUUUGCCUAUGAUGCAUCCACCAAAUCCUAUGAUGAGUCCGUCACCCUUAACCCCUCCAUAUAAUGCCUCCAAUGCUUCUGCUGCAAUGUUGGGUCCAUCCCAUUUGCAUCGACCCCCUUUUCCACCAUUUUAUGAUCAGCAUCACUCUCAGCCUUUUGGCCGAGCAGAUUAUGAUCAUUCAUAUGGAUCUUUCAAAGGUCUAUCUAGGCCUCUUCCAUCAGAUGUAGAGAUUGAGCUGGGUAAUGUUAUAAAUAAUCUUACUGGUACGAAAGAGUCAAUUAAAGGUGCCAAGAGUUGGUUUAUGCAGAGAUCUCCAUUUGUACCUGCUUUGGCUGAGGCACUCAGAGACAGGGUGUUUUCUAUAGAUGAUUCAGAGAGGCAAUUGCAUGUAGUCUAUCUCGCCAAUGACAUCUUAUUUGAUAGCUUGCAGCGACGAAUCAAUCCUCUUGAGCUUGACAAUGAAGCACUUGCUUUUAAGCCCGUUUUGGGUCCCAUGCUUGCGAGGAUAUACCACAACCCACAAAACAAGGAAGAGAAUCAAUCUCGGCUUCAAAAAAUUCUACAGUUUUGGGGUACGAAGGAAGUUUAUGAUCAGGAUACUAUUUGUGCACUUGAAAAUGAGAUGAUGGGUGGGCAACCUGCAAAUUUUUCUGUUCCUUCAAAAGAAUUAAUCACUGCAGAUAAUUCUGCUGCUGCAGGAUUAAUGCACCAGGCAGCAAAUCAGAGUACUAUACAGUGGAGGCCUGACCAGCAAAGUUUAGCACAUUUAGCCGAUCCAGGCAAACAAGUUCCUCCUAUAUCACCUGUGGCACCACAGCAGUUUCAUCCUGGUGCUGUUCCGCCUACAGGAUUUCCUGGGUUACUGCCUGUACCAUCUUCUGUUCCACCAGCAAACCUACAGACAGCAGGUCAUCUGACGCCAGCAUCAACUGCAAAUGUAGGUGAAAAACUACCUCCUUACCCCUUGUUCCCUCCUGGUCUUAUUCCUGGUAUGGUCAGGAAGAUGCAGAUCGGUAGUGGGGUGCCUUACUCUCCCAUGAGCCCCUUGGAUAUCCCCACCGUCAUACCACCCUCCACUGUGUCAGAAUCUGAAAUUCUCGAAAGGGUGUCUAAAUUUUUUUUAGAGAUUGGUGAAGUUAAUCCAUCAGAAGGACCUAUUAAACAAUCUGAUUCAACCAACAAUUAUGAUGACUAUGAUAGACACUCUCCUGUCCGGAAGGGAGGGGCUUGCAUUCCCCCACCUCCGAACCUUCAAGUUGACCCGGAAACUGGAACUUAUGAUGAUGGAAGUGUACCAGAGAAACCUGGAUCGAAUGGCUCAGGACGAUUAGGACUUGGAGCCACAGCUAAUCCAAAUGAACCAAAUCAAUAUGAUGAUGUUUACACUUCUUACAGGAAAGAUAGAAGCACCAAUUAUCAUAUUCAUACAUCAAUGAGUGCAAGAACUGCUGCGAGGUGAUUUAGGCAAUAAUGUUAAGACUAAUCCUUUUCCCUUUGAGCUGCGGUUGAAUGGACUAAGAUCUUAUUUGUCAAUUUUGUGUUGUAAAUUGAGAUGAAUAUCUUUUUCCUUCCUGGAGCCGAGGGUCUAUUGGAAACAAUCUAUCUACCUCUAAGGUAGAGGUAAAGUCUACGCAUGCUCUACCCUCCCCUGUCCUCACUUUGCAGGACGACAAAGGGUAUGUUAUUGUUGUAGUAUAUUGACAUUCCUGUGUAAUUAUUAUAUGUUCAUGUUCGGUUGAA